AUGUCCCGGAAAAUUGCAUUGAUUAUCGGAAUUAGGAUUUUGGUCCCUAUUUACAACAAAAAAAACAGAAAUAGCCUGAAAACAAAAGACAGGUUGUAUAAGUUAAAGGUAGGGUAUGAUGACCUUUGCCCACUAUGUGGUACAAGCUCUGAAACAGCAAACCACCUCUUCUUUGACUGCCACUUCAGUAUCAAUUGUAAAAACCAGAUUAUGAGCUGGCUGGGAUUCCAACACAGUAGGAAUUCUGUUGCUAUCCUUCUCAAACAUAUUCAAAGAUAUGCCAAGAGCAAGGUCCAGAAGACAGUUAUGUACACAGCAGUAGCAUGUCUUGUUUAUCACAUUUGGAAAGCUAGGAACUCAUCAGUAUGGAGAGCUCAAGUGCCAGUGAUCAAGAACACUGUCAAAAUUAUCCAAACUGAAGUUAAGAGUAGAGUGGCAAAUUUGCUUAGCAAGAAAAUCUGUAAUAGAGAUAAGGAUUGGUUUUCUAGCCUUUGA